GUGAAAGGGUGAUAAAACCGUAAAAUGGCAACUCAAAAUACAGACCCUGCGGCAGCUACAUCAACAAGGAACAAAGAGAUGGAUAAUGGAUCUUAUUCUUCUAAUGAUAACCAUUCAGUUUCAAAAAGGUUACAUAAAGAGUUGUUAACAUUAUUGACUUCUGGCAUACCUGGCAUCAGUGCAUUUCCUGAUGGAGACAACAUUUUUAAGUGGAUUGGAACGAUCACUGGAGCAAUGGGCACUGUAUAUGAGGGACUGGAGUACAAACUGGAUUUGGAAUUUCCUAGUUCUUACCCUUACAAAGCCCCAACAGUGAAGUUCCAGACUCCGUGUUAUCACCCAAAUGUUGACCAACAUGGAAACAUCUGCCUGGACAUUCUUAAGGAGAAGUGGUCUGCCAGCUACGAUGUCAAAGCUAUCCUGUUGUCAAUUCAAAGUUUAUUAGGAGAACCUAACAAUGACAGUCCAUUAAAUGCUCAUGCAGCAGAUUUAUGGGACAAUCAGGUGGCCUUCAAGAAACACUUGCUGGAAAAAUACGACAAAGAUGCUCGAAUCAGUAGAUCAUGAUGUAGACACAGGAUCCCUAAAUUAGACACGUGUACUUUUCUAAUGUAAGUUUCGCCCCUCUGGAUCAUAAAUGUACAAAUCACACCUCAUGCUACAGACAUUGUAAUCUCUCGUUUUGUAUCUUGUUGUAUUUCAUUGGAUGUCUUAUUGUGCUGUUAUUUAUACUCUGCUUGUAAACAAAAUGAAAAAGUUGCGUGAAUGUCCAGUGUGCCCUUAGAGUGAAAAUGUGAAGAAAAAAAGUUUUUAUUUCCAGUAAAGGUUGUACAGUUGUGAAGUGCUUAUACAGUAA